GAUUGUAAACCAUUUUGGGUGAUUUUAGUUGACCAUAGGAAAUAAGAGCUUGCGCGUAAUAUUCUGCCAUACGGGUUUGAUUGAAUAAGCUCUCUCUCUCGCUUCCCUGCUUGGCUAUACUCAGUUGACCGUCUCCUUUGCUGUGGUCCACUGUCCACUGUUUCCUUUGACAUAGAAGGCUCGAAAGACGAGGUGUGGUGUGUGUGUUGCUGGACGACACGCCAGUGUGCACUGUGUGCACUGUCUUGGGUAUGAAGACCCGUUUAAUAUUCCUUUGGCUAUUGGCCUCAGCAUUUGCUGUGUCUGUCAAAGGCAAACCUCACGACAAACAUGAAGCUUUGUCCUCACACAUAGCUAAACAGAAGGACAUUGUUCCAGAUGAGGUCAAUGAGGGGGAGGUCCUGCCGACCUUCAUGACCUUUGAGUCUAGCAGUCAGGAGCAGGAGGACGGGGACAUAAGCUCUGAGGACAAUGCUAAUGUUAAUGUGGGUCCCUCCAAUGAGGGAGGGCUGUUUGAGGUGUCCGACAGUGGUGAGAGGAGCACCCCCGUCCUGCUGAGAGAUAAGGCACUGGUGGACCUCCUCCAGGGGGAGUCAGCGGAAGAAGAGGUGGAUGAGGAGGAAGAAGAGGAGGAGGGAAAGAUCGAGUCUGAGGAGACACAGUCUGAAGAGGAGGAGGAGGAGGAGGGAGAAGAAGAGGUGGGAGACUUGGAAAAGGAGGAGGAAGAUGUAGAGGUGGAUGUGGAGGCAGAGAAAGAGGCGGAAAAGGUGAAGGCGAUGGAGGAUGAGGAGGAGUCAGUUGAGGAUGAGGAGAAGAGGGAGAAAGAGGACGAGGAGGAACAUGUGGUCGGGGACAGAGGAGUAGAGGAAGAGGUUCAAGUUGAAGAGACGGACAGCAACACCAAGCCUGAGAUUCCAGAGGAUCUGGACAGCGACAGCGACAACACAGAGGCUCUUGAGCUUGAGGAAGGGAAACCCCUCGCCGAAGACGCCCAGUUCCUUUCAAAUAAGAAAGUGGAGGCCGAGGUGGAGGAGAAAGAAGAACAAGCUAGCAAGGAUGACGAAAUCCCCACUGCCACUGAUGACUAUGAGUCCCAGCCAGACAUACAAGACGCCGAGUUCACUGAGAGCCAGGAAGUGCUCGGCCAGUACAAGUACGAUUCCCAAGAAAAGGGGACCAAUAAAAAAGACACAGACACUGAACUCCAAGAGACAAAGAACAGUGUGGAUCUUGAUGGGACACAUCUUUCUGUAGAAGGGGGAGAAGAGAAGGAGGAGAAGAACAUAAACAAGAGUGCCAGUCACACCAGAGGCAAAGCCAGGAAGCAGAGGAAGAACCAGAGAGUGAGGAAGCACCCCCUACAGAGGGAUGAGGCCCCACCAGGAGAGGGAGUCCCAGACCACCAGGGAGAUGAGGGCGUGAAGGAGCACUACCGUACCACCGACAGUGCUGUAUACAAGCCCAAGAGGAGAAGAGCAGGGAAAUGGGCUCCCCUGGUGGGAAUGAGCCCGGUCCAGAUCAGGGCGACAGUGGUCCUCUACCCCAGCACCAGGCCCUCUUUGGCGGCCAGCCUAUACAGACCCCAAGCGUCCGCUGCCGACCCUUGUGAGAACUUCAGUUGUAAACAUGGAGAGAAGCCUGUGUGUGUGUGUCAUGAGCCUUCUGCCUGCCCACAGAGUGUCACUGACUAUGAUCAUGUAUGUGGAACUGACAAUGUCACCUACACACCCUGUGAGUUCUUUGCCACUAAGUGCAACCUGGAAGGCACCAAGAGAGGCCAUAGACUUCACCUGGACUACACUGGAGUCUGCAAAUUCAUAGCACCGUGUAUGACUGGCGAACUGGUCCAGUUUCCUCUGCGUAUGCGCGACUGGCUGAAGAACGUCUUGCUGCAUCUCUAUGAACAUGACUCCAUGUCCCCUGGUUUCCUCACCCCCAAGCAACGCAUCAGAGUGAGAAAGAUCCACGAGAGUGAGAGGCGCCUCCAUGCCGGCGACCACCCCAUUGAGUUGCUGGCCCAGGACUUUGAGAAGAACUACAACAUGUACAUCUAUCCCGUGCACUGGCAGUUUGCUCAGAUGGACCAGCACCCUUCUGACAGGUUCCUGUCCCACUCUGAGCUGGCCCCCCUGAGGGUCCCGUUAGUCCCCAUGGAGCAUUGUACCUCCCGCUUCUUCCAGGAGUGUGAUGCAGACAAAGACAAAUAUGUGUCCUUCAGGGAGUGGAACCACUGCUUCGGCAUUAAGGAUGAGGACAUGGAUGUCAACCUGCUCUUCUGAGUCCAAUCAGUACCUCAUCAAGCAACCAGCUUAAAUAAGCAUUUAACAAAAUAACCUUCAAUCAUGGCAGAACCACCUACCUUAAUUGGAGAGUCACUUGUGUUGAUUUGAACUGUAUGUUUUUGGGAUGUUCUGUAAAGUUAGCCUGGUGGAACCAGCCUGAUCUCUGUGUUCACCAUUCUAUUUAACUUCACAUAUCAGUCUGGCAUUGCUCCUUAUUGAAACUGUUUGAGCCUAUGUCUGUAAUGAAAGGCAUUAUUCAAAACUAACUUGUCAGUGAUGAGAUCACCUUUAACCAAUCAAAGGACGACCUAAUUCAAAGAACAGGAUUUUGGGGGUGGGUUUUCUGAGAGGAUGCUGAUUUGACCAGUAAUUUCUUGGUUUGUCCAAAACUCCCAUCCAUUGGAGAAAGCCCAGAUGUAUAUGUGCAGUAAUCAGGCCAGUUCCACCAUGCUACUGCAAAGUACAAUUGACUAAAAAGUAAAAGUGAGGAUGGACCACUGUCCUUCCAUGUCUUAUGUCAGAUGGAAGAAGAGGAUAGUUCAUGUUGUCUUAUUACAGUUGUGGUGGUUAAUUUCUUUCCUAUCAAAUGAGUAGAGACAAACUUAUCACACAAGUCAGAGUUAUACUUAAGAGCUUUGCAAUAGCAAUGACCUUCAACGAUUCACCAUUUCUAAUGAUCCGUUGAGAGUAGCAACACAAUGGCUACUGAGAUUUUUUAUAGCAAAGUUCCACCCCCUAGUCGACAUAACAAACCACAGAUAUUAGGAACAAUUCACAAAGUGAGACUUUAUAAAUGAGAAAGGAGUAUCCCGUAGCCAGAUAACAUUCGCUAUAAAUUAUUGUUCAGUUUGGCCCCUAAGACGAGGUUGCUAUCUUGUUCCUGUUACUCCUAGUACAAAAACACCAACUCAUCCAAUGGCAUAAAUCAAUUGUCAACUCUAGACACUACCACACACAUCCCCCAAGGCCAAAGGAGGGAGUGACUGGUGCACAGACAUUGUGGAAACCAGUAAUUGGUUCCCCAUUAAUCACACCAUCCCUUCACAUGGUUUAACAGAUACAUUCACAUAUGAAGACAAUGUUCCCUCCUGUCCUCUUCCCUUUCUGAUAUUCUGCAUAGCACCAGGGACAUGUGAAAGACAAGCCUGACCUCUCCCCUCUCUGGGCCCCAGUUGUCUGAACCCCAGCUGAGGGAAGAAGUGCAACUGCCAACACCAGAGUCCGAAGGGAAACAUUCUAAUAACAAGUAAGCAUAUUAUGCAGAUAAGACAUCUUUAUUAUCUGUUACCCAACUAAUUCUGAUUCAUCCACCACACAGUGUAGCUAUUACAGUUAAAUACUACCAUGCUAUUGUUUGAAGAGAGUGCAGAGUUAUGAACUAGAAAAUGUAAACCAAUUAGGCACAUUUGGGCAGACUUGAUGCAACAUUUUUAAUUGAAAUUAAACGGUUCUUUGGAUCAGUCUAAAACGUUGCACAUACACUGCUGCCAUUUAGUGGCCAACAUCUAAAUUGCGCCUAAAUUGGAAUAAUACAUUGUGGCCUUGCUCUUGCAAGGUAAAGCAAAUUUGGAUCUAUAAAUAUGUGGAUGUUCUGUGAUACUGUAUAGCUGAUAGUGGUAUUAGUAGAGUAGGUGAUGAGAUUGUAUUUUUUAAACAAUUACAAUGAUAUCAGUGUUAUGAACACAUUCCAAGAGGGGGAAAGUUUACGAGUGCUUUUUGUAGAUGACAAUAAACAAAACAAAAAUGGACUUCUAUGCAGGUGAAACAAAUCACUAUAGUUUUAUGCAGGUGCAUUUUUUUUGUAUGGAAACCAUUUAUAAUUGACUCUCACAAUAAAUUGAGCUUGAAUAGAGUAUUUAUUUCUAUGUCAAAAAGAGACAUUUUAAUGGCAGUAAAUGUAGUAGAACAUAUGAUGUUGACAGAAUUACUAAGAGUUGAAUGCUGUAACUGUUUUUUAUGUCUUGCCUGAUACAGCUACUUCACUAACGAUUUUAAUAAAAGUAAUGUUGACCUCAUCGGAUCUCAUCA